AUGACCCUCUCUUGCUUCGGAGAGCCGGAUCCUGACACUCCAAAGAAUAUUAGGGUCAAGGUCGAGUUUGAGGUCGAGGUCAAGACUGAUGCCAUCGGUCAGGGCGAAGAGUCCGCACACCCAGCGGACGACAAGGGCGGAAUGCUGAAGUCGACAACUACAACAUCGGUCAAGACAAUACCGAAAGAUCUACAGCCAGCGCAUAUAGACAGGUCCCACGGUGAAGUUGUGAUGAAAAAGCUGGCGUGCGCAACGACACCUGAGGUCGUCGGGGAGGCGCUGCCAGAGCUGCACGAGGUCAUGCGAUUGGCAGCGAAGCGAGCUCGACGCAACAAGACGCGCCUGCAUCCGGUCGCACCACUGAAUUCUUGA